AUGUGUUCAACCACCCACUCCAACACCCGAUUGAUGUUCCGGGAAACGGAUGAGGCGGAUAACCCCACAGUCACCUACAUCUAUUCCGAACAGAAGGCGCAAAAGUCGGCUUCCUCGGGUGGGAGGAUCGAUCUUCUAAGCACAACUUCAGAGUCUUCAUUAUGGUCUACAAGGCCGCUCAUCACGUAUCUGAGUGACGUGUUUCUUCCCUCGGGGUAUCCCCAGAGUGUGAGCGAUGACUAUUUACCAUAUCAAAUAUUUGACUCCCUGCAAGCAUUCUGCAGUUCAAUAGCAGGCCUUCUCUCCUCCCGGGCAGUUCUCCAAGGAGUUGGCGUCGGCAAUGCAGACGCCUCCCCAACAUCCGCCCUCCUGCUGCACAUCCUCCAAGACACAUCCGGGCGCAUCGCAACCAUCCUAUUCGCCCACCGCGUUGGCACAGCCCUCGAGCCAGAAUGCAAGACCUACCGCCUCGCCGCGGACGUCUUCAACGAUCUCGCCAUGAUCCUGGAUUGUCUGUCACCCAUGGUGCCGGCAGGCGUUAUGCGAGUAUCGAUUCUUAGUGCGGCGGGCGUAUUACGUGCGUUGUGUGGUGUUGCGGGCGGAAGUUCGAAGGCUAGUUUGAGUGCGCAUUUUGCUAAGUGGGGGAAUUUGGCGGAACUUAAUGCUAAAGACUCGUCGCAAGAGACCGUUAUCUCGCUAAUAGGGAUGCUGGUCGGCUCCGUGGUCGUCUCACACGUCACCGGCUUCACAACAACCUGGAUAGCCCUACUCAGUUUACUAGCCCUCCAUCUCAGCCUCAACUACGCGGCCGUCCGCUCCGUCCAAAUGACAAGUCUAAACCGCCAACGCGCCAAUAUCGUCCUCUCAGCACUCUUCCAUUCAGACACAGACAUAGACCUACGGCAUAGCACCAUUCCCUACGAACCAGACUCCGAUGCCCUAACGGGCUUGACAGUCCUCACGCCUGCACAAGUUUCCGCUCAAGAACGUAUCUCCCACCGUGGCGGCGCUCUGCAGUGGACAUCUCCUUCCAAUGGAUCAACCAAAUACCUAGGAAGCGCUGAGAUAGGUAUCUCGCUGGAUACAUUCUUCAAACACGCCCGGCGGUACAACGCUAGCACAGCCCCAAGCGCCAACACUAGCACAUCCUUCAAAACAACCCUCCCAAUGGAACAUUUAACAUCCAUCUUCGAAAACGAACCAUACAUCCUCUUCCUCUUCCCUCUCCCGGGCAACUCAACCGCAACAUGGCACGCCUCCAUCCUCCUAAAGAAAGGAUGUACCGUGACAGGGCAAUUGAAAGCGUGGGCACACGCGCUUCUGACAGCGAGGAUUUUAUCCGGGCCUGCCCAUUCGAGCGAGGAGCCUCUGUAUGUCUCGGGUGUUGUGGCGGAUGUAUUGGAUAUUUUGAAUGAGAAGGGUCGCUUUGAGGGGUUUCUGGGGGCUUUGGAGAAGGCUGGGUGGGAUGUUGGUGUCGGGGCGUUGGAGACGAGGGGUGGGAGGAGGGUUAGUCUUGAGUGA